GCCUGGACCAGGCGCGCGGCGGGCAGCCCUGGGGUCCUGCUUGGGCGCGCCUGCGCAGUUCGGCUGGGGGCGAUGCUGCGAGCGGGAGCCGAACGUGCCGCGCAGGGGCUGGGGCUGAGGCGGGGGGUCGCGGCGGCGGCGGCGACGACCGCGGUCCUGCCCCCGCCCCAACCCCGCAUCGCCAUCCCGGAGCGGGGCCUCCACCGCUCCCCGACCCUGGGCACAGUGGUGGUGGAGCGUUGGUGGCAGGUCCCGCUGGCGGCCGAGGGCCGGAAACCUCACCUGAAGGCUCGACACCGGAUCUACCGGCUGGUGGAAGGCGUCCCGACCCACCCGCCCUCGGGCGAGAUGGAGCUCAUCCUCACCCAGUCCGUGGAAGAGCUGGGGGUCCGGGGUGACACGGUCUUUGUGAAGAAGUCCCUGGGGCGCAAUCAUUUGCUUCCCCAGGGCCUGGCUGUGUACCCCUCCCCUGAGAACAAGCGGAUCUUUGAGGAGGAGAACCGGCUGCGGCAGGAGGGGAAGCUGGAGAAGAUCCAGACCAAAAUGGGCGAGUUGACGGUGAAAUUUCUGAAGACUGCCCGCCUCGAAGUGGGCAUGAAGAACAACGUGGUGUGGGAGCUGAACCCCGAGAUCGUCUGCCGCCACUUCUUCAAGAACCUCGGCGUGGUGUUGGCGCCGCACACGCUUCGACUUCCAGAGGAGAAGAUCACGCGCUGGGGCGAGUACUGGUGCGAGGUGACGGUGAACGGCCUCGACACCAUCCGGGUGCCCAUGUCCGUGGUGAACUUUGAGCGGCCCAAGACCAAGAGGCGCAAGCAGUGGCUGGCCCGGCAGCAGGCCCUGCUCCAGGGCCCGGCCUCCCCCUCCCCUUCCCCUCCUGCGCCCACCGAGCCCACCCCCCAGUAAACGGUGCUCUGUCCCCAUCCGGGGCGUCGGUCUUCCAGGCCGGGAUGCUGCCGCGUCCCCUACUGGGGCCGCCCCUCUCUCUGGACCAGCUGGGCCCGCAGCCGCCCAGGUAGCUCCGGGUCAGUGAAGUACUCUGUGGCCGGGGGUGGUGACGGGGGGCAGACUAGAUCAGGGCACGCACACACACAUCCACCCGACCGGGCAGGAGAAAACCCAGGUGCCCGGGACUUCUCAGAUGUCAUCACAGGGGAGCACACCCAAACCCACAGGGGGUCCCGUCCCACCCCCAGGUCCAAAACCUUGGCGGGGGCCCCACCCACAACCCCUUGCCCCCUCACCUGCGGCAAACUCCUGGAUGUUUUCCGGCCUCUUCAGCAGUAUGGCCCUGGAUGAGGAAGGGAAGGGCGCGGGAUCAGUCCCAGUGCGUGCGUUUGUGCGUACACACGCGUGUGCCGCUACUCAGGGCGGGCGGCCCACGGCAAUAGAGGGGAGUACAGUCGGACACAAGAUAGGACUUUCUGACUGGCAGAACCACUAGCUCUGAGAGCCUCCUAGCCUCUGGUCACCCCAAAGGACAGGACAGUUGUCCAUCUUUCCUAGGCUGGGUUAGUUUCUUGCCCACCAGCUGGCAGGGAAUGGAACCAAAUAACCUCCAUCUGACUGAGACAGUAAAAGCUUGGUUCUCCGGUCUCUCCUU